AUGCCAAUAUGUUCAACAUCAUUUAAAAAUUUUGAAAGAUUAAGUACACAUGAUUUAUUAUCCUAUGAACAACUUUCAUGUAAUACUAUAUUAACAUCAAUUCAUAAACAAUUAUUAAAUUUAUAUGACCUAUAUGAUGAAUAUUUUCGUACAUUAAAUGAUGUCAUUAAUAAGUUAGGGUUUAUAAAAAUCUGGUAUGUUACUUGGACAAAAACAACAAACGAAUAUAGUGAAUUAUUUAUAAAUGAACAUGUUAAUAAAGAACAAGAAAUAAUUGAUCGGUUAUCAAUAAUAUCAUCAUCAGAUAGUAUUCUUAUUGAACCUGUUGAAGAAUUAUGUGAACAUAUUAAACAACCAUCAACAUUACCAUUGUUACUUGCAUAUAUUGAUUUGUCAGAUUGUUUAAUGAAUAAAAUGAUUUUGGAAUUUGCUGCAUCAAUACAACAUUUAUAUCCUCAAAUAGUUGCAUAUACAGUUUCUGCCGUUCUUUUUGUGCUUUAA